GUGAAGAAGAAAGUUGCUGAGUUGACUGGGAUCACUUCCAUCAUACACGAUAUGUGCACGAACACCUGCAUCGCUUACACCGGUCCCUAUGCAGACCUGGACAAGUGUCCUCUAUGCUAUGAGUCUCGGUACGAUGAAGUGCAUUUAGCUUUGACCGGCACAAAAAAACCUUGA